GUGAGUUGAGGUAUGCGGUAAACGUUGUUGGGCAGAUUUUUGUUGUGGGAUUAUCGCUUAAAGAGAAAAAUUCGCUUGGGUUCCAAAAAUAUAUGAACUUUUUUUAAUAAUAAAAUGUGCUAAAACUGCUGCGCGUUGCCGCUAGUAAUCAUUCACUUUUUACUGCUUCUCUUUUUUACACGAAAAUUAUCAAAACGGUUGCGGAUGAAUGGGUAAAUGAGCGGAACCGCGUACACACGAAGACAGACUCCAGUUGAAUUGUCGAGUGACUUUUUCGGAGAGCCGCACACUAAACAUCCAACAUUGGCGCUUUGAGUAUUGUGGAUUGGCGGCUACUAUCCAAUUAUUGUGCUGUGGUCGGUCAGCAUUUGUUUUGCCGAUUUAUUUGUGUCGCGACUUUGUGUUGGUCUCGGUGUUUUUCCACCUUUUCGUCGCGUUUCGUGUAUUUUUGGUUUAUUUUGUUGUGAUUUAAUUUCCAUUUCUUAAUAUUAUUAAUUGGCAUAAUAAUACAUAUACAUGCGUCAAGUGUGAGCAAUUGUAUUGAAAUUAAAAGUCACUGAAGUAUGUAACAAGCCAUCCACAUCCACUUCACACCUGCAUCUGAUAAGCAGCACGUAUGAGAGUAGGAGAAAUCCACGUACUCUACAGCACAUAGCCGAAUUUCAAGUGUAUAAAAACAAAAUGUACUUUGGGUAAUGACUUGUUAAUUUUGUUUGCUAUAGUUCACAUGCAGUGAAGUAAAUAUAUAUAUAUAUAUGUAUGUAUGUGUGUACCUAUAUCUAAAUAAACUGUAUUAAGCCGCGUAUCCACAAUGCAUCCGUGUAACAGCAAUUGUGUAAUAAUAUUUUGCGGCGUUUUCUUUGCCGCAGUGUCGGCUUUAACAACGACAGCGCAGCAACAGGUUGCAGCAUACAACACAACGGGCGCGAACAGUAAGCGGGCGGCACGUAUAGCUGCCCCCAACUGGCAUGCGAAAUUCACACCCCAACAGUUGGAAAUGCAUAUGAGCACCAGUACUGAAGUGUUGCUGGAGCUUACAGAUUUGCCACUGGACGCCACAUUUGAAGUACUGAGCGAAAACCCUCAACUGGCCCGUGUAGAAUACCUCAUUCCCGCCGAUGUGAUUAAUCCCGAAACACUUGUCUGGCGCGGCAACAUCACAGUCGAUGCUAUCUUCCUUGGCUCCACCAAAGUCUAUGUGCGUCGCGUCAACACGACCGAAAGCGCCGAAGGCACACUCACUCUCACGAUCAUACGACAAACGCGUAUCAUCGAUCAUGUCUUCACUGGCUCUGUGGCGUUGCUCGUCUCCCUACUGUAUAUCAAUUUUGGCGCUGCCUUGGAUGUGACGGUGCUGCGCAGCUUACUGGCGCGACCGGUCGCGCCCAUCAUUGGCUUUCUGACGCAAUUCAUUAUAAUGCCACUACUAGGCUAUGGGCUGGGUGUGCUAUGCUUUCCCGAUUCACCAGAAUUGCAGUUGGGGCUCUUUUUUACGGGUGUCUCACCGAGUGGUGGUGCAUCGAAUAUCUGGGCUGUCAUAUUAGGUGGCAACAUAAAUCUAUCCGUGCUGAUGACCACAAUCAGCAAUUUCGCCGCCUUUGGCAUGAUGCCAUUGUGGAUUUUCACGCUGGGUCAGCUAAUCUUCGAUCGUGCCAAUAUUACGGUGCCUUACGAAAAUAUCGCAACAUUUGCAGUGGCGCUGGUAGUGCCGCUCGCCAUCGGCUUGGCCAUACAACGUUGGUCACCACGCCUCACGCGUGUGCUGGUGCGCUUGCUCAGGCCAAUUUCCACUUGUCUGAUACUUUUCAUUAUUGUAUUUGCCAUCAUAACCAAUCUCUACUUGUUUGAGUUGUUCUCGUGGCAGAUUAUACUUGCCGGUUUGGCACUGCCUUGGAUGGGCUACAUAUUAGCCUGGUGCGCGGCCAAAGCUUUGAGGCGCAACGCCGUCGAUGCGCUAACCAUUGCCAUUGAGACGGGCAUACAAAACACCGGCAUUGCGAUAUUCCUAUUGCGUUUCAGUUUGCCACAACCGGAAGCCGAUCUAACCACAGUCAUACCUGUCUCCGUGGCCAUAUUAACACCCAUCCCACUGCUUGGCCUGUACAUCUACAAGCGCUGCGCCGAACGUGGCAUUGUGGAGGGACAACUGGAUACCCAAAACGUUACGCCAACGCAUAGAAAUUAGCGGAAUCGUGCAAGCCAGACUGAAAUCGGUACACAUCACAUCUUAGAUAUUCCAUGGGUUGAAAGGGCUUCCAAAAAGCGCUUGCGCAUUUCAUUGUUGUUUGCGAUUUUAGUGAAGUUAAAAAUUCGAAAAAAAAAAAAUCAUAGAGAAUUAGUCACUAGCGCAUAUCGCGGAGACUUGUUGAAAGCGCGACAACAAUAAUAAAAGCUUUAAAAA